AUCGUGUGUCUAAAAAAUAGGAACAUAAACAGCGCCCCCACCUCCUUCGCCUCCAUGUUAUGACAAAGCAGCGCAGACAGCGGACAGGAAAGACUUGGCGUCUUCUUCUCAUACAGCUUAAAGCGACUAAAGAGGAAUUUAUAGUCAUUAAUACACAACACCUUCACGAAAAUGCCCACCAUUAAGCUCCAGAGCUCCGAUGGGGAAAUCUUUGAGGUGGACGUGGAAAUAGCCAAACAGUCCGUCACCAUUAAAACCAUGCUAGAAGAUUUGGGAAUGGACGAUGAAGGAGACGACGACCCCGUCCCCCUUCCCAACGUCAACGCAGCCAUUCUUAAGAAGGUGAUCCAGUGGUGCACCCACCACAAGGACGACCCCCCUCCCCCCGAGGAUGACGAGAACAAGGAGAAGAGGACCGACGACAUUCCCGUUUGGGAUCAGGAGUUCCUCAAAGUGGACCAAGGCACCUUGUUUGAGCUCAUUCUGGCCGCCAACUAUUUGGACAUCAAGGGUCUGCUGGACGUGACGUGCAAGACGGUGGCCAACAUGAUCAAAGGCAAGACCCCCGAGGAGAUCAGGAAGACCUUCAACAUCAAGAACGACUUCACAGAGGAAGAGGAAGCCCAGGUACGCAAAGAGAACCAAUGGUGUGAAGAGAAGUAGAAGAACACUAACACACUGAAUAGGAACGCGUCCGCUUACUGCUUGCACUGGUGUUCAUACUUGUUCAUAUUUACUACAACUUCCAAACACCACCUUGUUCCCCCCCCAAGCGACCCCCACCUGUGUAGAAAACGAGCAGACUUGUCAUUAUUUAAAGAAGGAAGUCCUACUCCUGUUUGCACACACGUUGUGUCGUCUGCAUUUUACAAAUCAGAUUUUUUUUUUCCUCCACAUUUGCUCUCAAUUUUCCCCAAGUAGGAGUUUCUUUCUUUUUUUCUUUUUUUUUUUUUUACUGUUUGUCUUGGUUUGGACAAUGUUAGAUGGAAUUUUAAUAUUUUCUGUUGUGUUGAGGUGGUUGCCACAUUGGCUCGCUUCAUUCCUAACUGACGUCACCUCGGAGGGAAAAAGAAAAAUAUUUCACAUCUCUUGUUGACUUUGGGAAAGAGAAAAUAAAAUGUCGUAAAAAACGA